GAUCUUCAAAGACGAGCGAUACACAAACCGAGCAUUAUUCGCUCUGGAUUGUUUGUGGCGGAUAAACUCGCCGUCUGUUCGAACGUUUACACCGUCUUGUUGAAUGAACAAUCUUCCAAGCCCCCUUCCAUUUUCUGAACGAGUACGCCUCCAGCAGCGUGCGCGCUCACUUAAAAUCUCUUUCCCCGCCCCCGCCGCUAGACCCAACCCUUUUCGGACGUGCAAUUUCUUCGGAGCUCGCUCUCAGGGGCCCCUCCUGUUUAUUCCCCUGAUUAGAUCAGAGAGAAAACAGCUUCACAUAGAAGCGGAAGGAGAGAAUCAGACGGAGAGAGAGGGGAGAAAAAGUGGGAAAUAUUCACAGACGUCGGGAAAGACCGAAUUGCAGCUGGAAAACGAGAGAGGCAACAAGCGAAAAAAAAAGCUUGUAAAAUGAAUCCGCCGUGCGCUAGAUGUCAAAAAAUCGUCUAUCCGACCGAAAAAGUCAACUGCCUGGACAAGUACUGGCAUAAAGCAUGCUUCCAAUGUGAAAUCUGCAAAAUGACUCUAAACAUGAAGAAUUACAAAGGAUACGAUAAGAAGCCUUAUUGCAAUGCGCACUACCCAAAAUCUUCAUUCACCGCUGUGGCAGACACUCCAGAAAACCUGCGCUUGAAGAAACAAAGCAAGUUGCAGAGUCAAGUACAAUACAAAGAAGACUUUGAAAAGAACAAAGGGAAAGGCUUCAGUGCAGUGGCCAAUACCCCUGAGCUGGAACGCAUCAAGAAAAACCAGGAGAUUGUCAGCAAUGUCAAAUAUCAUGAAGAGUUUGAGAGGAGCAAAGGCAUUUCGGCAGCAAGCGCUGAGCGGAGGAACUCUCAUGAAACCCAGGAGUACAGGCCUCAGCCAGAGAGGAAUCUAGGCUACCAGCCACAGGCACCUUCACACCAGGAACCACCAACCCCGGUCUACGACCCACCUCCUGCCGCACCAUAUGCCCCUCCUCCUUCAACUGGGAAGCGAUUCAGAGCUGUGUAUGACUACUCAGCAGCCGAUGAUGAUGAGAUCUCAUUCCAAGAUGGUGACUUGAUCAUCGAUGUUCAACAGAUCGAUGAAGGAUGGAUGUACGGCACUGUGGAGAGAACUGGUGACACCGGCAUGCUCCCAGCUAACUACGUGGAAGCAGUGUAACAGAGCCCAGAUUAAUGCCUGCUUAUGCUUUGAUUAUCUGUAUUAAAAACAAAUUACAGUAUGAAUCCCAACAAUAAUUUGAUGACAAAUUUAGGUUUUAAAAAAAAGUUUUAAAUUGUGGUUCCAAAUGCAUAAUAUAGCUUUCUCCAUUGUUAUUUUCAUGUUACUGGAAUAUAGUCAAAAUUUUCUUUGGCUUAACUAGGUUGGAGAAGAGAUGAUUAUUCUUCAAAGCCAUUUACUGCUCUGUGUUGCCCCCCCCAACCCUCCAUUUUUUUAAAUGACCCCCGACCACUGUACCUUACAGAUGCUGAAGAUGAAAUUCUUGGCUCUGGAUUACUGUAGCUAGAUGUGCCCGGGUAACCCUCAUUCACUCAGGUAGAUGCUGACUUUAAUGUCAGAGCAUUAUAAUUUCCUUGCAGGUUGCUGAAAUGAAUUGAAGUUCUUCAGAACCAAAAUCUAGGAUUGUUCUGUUGGUGGGUGGAAGAAUUGGACACGGUUCUAUUUGGUUCUUCAGCACUAGGACACAAUGAGGAUUGGAUUCCCAGUGCAUUCAAGGACAUUUUAAUUCACCUUAUUUCAGUCUUGGAAUGUUAGCCUAGUGAGUGAUUACUCUGGGAGUAAUAUUUCUUGCCAAAUAGUUCACAAAAAUCUGUACCCAGUUCUAUAACCAGGAAUCUCAAGACAUUGUCUCCUUUAGAUAAUAAAAUUGUUUAAUGUUCUUGCCAUUUCUUUUUAAAGCAAUAUGAGGGAAUUCAGGUCAGAGCAGAAAGUUUUCUGUGGCCAUCCUUGGCUCAUCAGUAGCAUCAGACCCUAUUUGUUUCAGAGUUUGCCACAGAACUUCAGCCACUCUUUGGGACGAGUUUGGUCGAUGAGUGCCAUCCAUUCUGUAACGGUCCUUGUAAUAACAUCCAAUAGUGGCCAUGCUUCUGUGCCAGAGUGGUAGGAUGUUGCUCAACAGUUGAACAUGUUGGCUGCAUAGGGUCAGUUUUAAAAUUGGAGGAAGGGGUGCGGAAGUGUGGUGACCUGGUGUGGGGAAUCGUGCUUUGGUUUUGAAGCUAUGCUACACCCUGUGGAUUUAAUAAUUGUAAGAUUAGUACUCCAGUAAGAUCCAUGCAAGGAGAAGAAUAUUUAAUCCAGUCAAGCACAGUGACCCAAUUUGUGGCUGGCUGCCUCCCUUCCCUCUUUAGGUUCAGACUAUGUCAGAGCUUCAUGACGUCUGCAGACAUGACCCAACUGGUGUAUUUUAGCCCUGGAUGAAGCAUUUUAUGUCAUUGAAAUGAAACUGGCAAAGACUUAAGUUAACAACACUGCUUAAUUGAUGAGAAGCUGGAAGAGAAGUGACUUUUACAGGGAAUAAUUUGCAUGGCUUUCUAGACUCAUGAGUGUGUUAACUUUUAAGAUAAGAUUGAAAGCAAUGUGAAACAGCCUGAUGCUGAAAAAAAUUCCUGAGUUACUUUUGCCUAUUUCUAUAAAGCUGUGUAAACAAUAGACAGCUGUCUGGGCAAUGAGCGGCUAUUAGGAACAGGCCUGGGAUCUUUUUACAAACCUUUUCUUUCUCUUUCACCCCCUCACUGAGUGACAUGAGGAAAACUGUCCCUAACUAACUGUUCCAAUAUGUGAUCAUUUAGAAGUUCAGGCUGUAUUCUGUGGAAUAACAAACACAUUUCUUAAACAUCAAGAAGUCAUUAAUUCAAACAAUGGCUGUGGUGACUGGAAUUGUACAAAUUAACGGAACCAUUCCUCAGAGUUGUUGGCACAACAUUGAUUCAUUAAAUCCCUCAGCAUUGAUUCUACACUGUUGCAUCCAAGACUGGAUCCAUCAGCGCUCUCCUCUUUUACAGAAAAUGACUCUGUGUACUUUGAAAACCUCUUAGCAUAUUAAGGUAGAAAGUGGUGUAUUUUUUUUCAGUUUAUAAUGAAAUAAAUAUGAAAAGGCUGUGCUUUAGUCAAUACAUUAGUAAAUUGGAACAAUCUUUAUUCUACGAGGCUCAAAUUUGGUCCAGGCACCAAUAUUAAGAUAUGCUUUGCAGUGAUUGGAUUAUGAUCUCAUUUCUAUCUCUCUGGAAAAGGCAAAGCCAAUUGACUUCUCUCGUGAAAUUGCCAAGACCUUAUCUAACUAGCUAAGCUGGGAAAAUUCAGGUACCAAUACUACUGGACCACAAAAGAUUUGUAUAUAAACACAAAUGUGCAGACACUGCGUGCCAAUAUAAAUGACUUAACAUUCCAUGGAAUCAGUACAUUAACUGCUUAGUCUUAGCACGCUGUUUAAUUUGAAACCUGCAGUUAUAAUUGCUAAUUAAUUGGUAGAAGUUUUUGUUUUUGAAGUUGCGCUUUAUCAAGUUCAGCUUAGCUUCGCUAAGGAUGAUAUUGAGUUUCCCAUGUACCCGCAACAUGUUAGCAUCUGAGCUUAACUUGGGUCUCUGACUUGUUCAUUCAAGGUGUGACUUUGUACAAAGGGAGCAAUUGUGUCUAAGCUGCCUUUCCAUCAAAACAUGCUGUUGUGUUUGGCAAAGGAACUUCAUAGGAGGAAGACCCUAAGCAUUAUUUUACUGGGAAGUCCUCUGGAUCAUCCUUGGGUGGAAGAAUGGUGGUUUGUCUCAGCAUAGAUGCCCUUGCGCCCACUUCCCCAACCUCCCCAAACGUUGCAUCUUACAGUCAGUGGACUUCGCCCAGUGAAGGGAAUGGCCUCCAGUUGUCUUAAGUAACCUGGGUUGAGAAAUUGCCAUUGAUUUGCAGGAUCUUCUGCAUAGCCCAUCGCACAACUCAGUAUGUUUCAAAAGCAGUUGUUAGUUUGGAAAUUAAGAAGCGGAGGGAAAUAUGGGUGCUGCUAUUUGCAUAGAAUACUGCACAUCUGUGAAUCAAAUGAAGCAUGUCUUGGCGCUUCUGAAUUCUUCAUUACCAUGCUUGCAAUUUUUAGGAAAAAAUGUAUUUUUGGCAUGAUCCUUACAUGACAAAUUGUCAAUAAACUUAAAAGAUGGGAACCAG